UGAACCGUGACGAACGUUGACCUUACUUUAUUGAUUCAUUUCCAUAAACUGAGUCUUUCUGUAAUCACUCAUCUUCUCUCUUUUCAUCGUAACAAACUCAUGUUUUCUUCAUCAUCCAAACCCCAAUGGAUCUACGAGGUGUUCAUCAAUUUUAGGGGAAAAGACACUCGCAGCAAUUUCGUUUCUCAUCUCUAUGCAGCACUCUCAAAUGCUGGAAUCAACACUUUUCUCGACGAUGAGAAUCUUGAAAAGGGAAAGGAACUUGGACCAGAGCUACUGCGAGCAAUUGGAGGUUCUCGGAUAUUCAUAGUUGUUUUCUCAGAAAACUACGUUCAUUCUAGUUGGUGUCUUGAUGAACUCGAACAAAUCAUGAAGUUCCACAGAGAUAAGGAUCGAGUUAUUCUUCCUUUAUUUCACGGUGGUAUUACCCCUUCGUAUAUACGUGAAUAUGCUAAGCAAACUUUCGGAGAAGCUGUCAAUAAAAGUAACAACACAAAUAAUUUGGAAAAUCCACCAAAGACAACACUCAACAAAUCUUCCACUUGGGCUGCUUGGGAUAUAAGUCACAGGAGUGAUGUGAAGGAAAAUCCACGAAAGAAAGCACUCACCGAUGCUUCGAAUUUGGCUGGUUGGGAUAUGAAUAAUUACAGUAACGAAAGCAGCGUUGUGAAGGAAGUUGUUGGCCAAGUUUUGAAAAAGCUAGACAAAAAAUGCUUACCUAUCCCAGAUUUUCCAGUUGGACUAGAAUCCCGUGCGGAACAGUUGAUUCGGUUUUUAAGACAGAACACAAGAGAAGUUUGUUUAGUAGGGAUUUGGGGAAUGGGGGGAAUUGGCAAAAGCACCAUUGCCAAAGUCAUCUACAAUAAUCUUUGUUAUGAAUUUGAAGAUCGAAGCUUCCUUGCGAAUAUUAGAGAAGUUUGGGAGAAAGAUAGAGGCCAAAAGGAUUUACAAGAACAACUUCUUUCAGAUAUCCUAACAAGAAAAAUAAAGGUGCGUAGUGUUGAGUUGGGAAAAGCUAUGAUCAAUGAACGGCUCUCCACAAAACGGGCACUUGUUGUACUUGAUGAUGUUAGUACGCUGGAGCAACUAAAGGCACUAUGUGGGAAUCGAAAUGGGAUUGGUUCAGGAAGUAUAAUAAUCAUCACAACAAGAGAUGUGCAUCUACUUGAUAUCCUUGGAGUUGACUUUAUUUAUGAAGCGGAGGAAUUGAAUGCGAUCGAGUCCCUUGAGCUUUUCAGUUGGCAUGCGUUUAAGGAGGGGCAUCCAGCUGAAGGUUUCCUUAGCCUCUCAGGAGAUGUAGUUUCCUAUUGUGGUGGACUGCCACUAGCUCUUGAAGUCCUUGGAUCUUACUUGUGCAAGAGGAGAAAACAAGACUGGCGGAGUGUAUUAUCAAAGCUAGAAAAGAUACCCAAUGAUCAAAUACAUGAGAAACUAAAAAUUAGCUUUGAUGGUUUAGAGGAUCGUAUGGAAAAGGACAUAUUUCUUGAUGUGUGUUGUUUCUUUAUCGGUAAGGACAAAGUUUAUGUUACUGAGGUACUAAAUGGUUGUGGAUUUCAUGCUGAUAUUGGAAUAACAGUACUGAUAGAAAGAAGCCUCAUAAAAGUUGAAACGAAUAAUAAGCUUGGAAUGCAUGCUUUGCUACGAGACAUGGGAAGAGAAAUUGUUCGUGAAAGUUCACCCGAGGAGCCUGAGAAACGUAGUCGAUUGUGGUGUCAUGAGGAUGUAGUUAAUGUAUUAACUGACCACACCGGAACAAAUGCCAUUGAAGGAUUGGUUAUGAAGUUGCAAGGGACCAGUGGUGUUUGCUUCGACACUAUAGCUUUUGAAAAAAUGAAGAGAUUGAGAUUGUUGCAACUUGAUCAUGUACAAUUCAUAGGAGAUUAUGGGUGUUUUCCAAGGAACCUGAAAUGGCUUUCUUGGCAAGGAUUUCCUUUAAAAUACAUGCCAGAAAACUUUUAUCAGAACAAUCUAGUUGCUAUGGACUUAAAACACAGUAAUCUUACACAAGUUUGGAAGAAGCCUCAGUUGAUGCAGAAGCUGAAAAUUAUCAAUCUCAGUCAUUCCAAGUGCUUAAAAAGCACCCCUGACUUUUCAAAAUUACCGAACCUAGAAAAACUCGUUAUGAAGGAUUGUCAAAGUUUGUCCGAGGUGCACUCGUCCAUUGGAGAUCUCAAGAAUCUUCUUUUGAUAAAUUUGAAGGAUUGUACAAGCCUUAGCAAUCUCCCAAGAGAGAUAUAUCAAUUGACAUCAGUGAAAACUCUCAUCCUCUCCGGCUGUUCAAAGAUUGACAAGUUGGAAGAAGACAUGGGGCAGAUGGAAUCCUUGAAAACACUGAUUGCAAAAGAUACAUCCGUAAAAGAAGUUCCAUAUUCAAUACUAAGAUUAAAAAGUAUUGGAUAUAUAUCCCUUUGUGGAUAUGAAGGAUUACCGCAUGAUGUUUUUCCAUCUCUCAUUCGGUCUUGGAUGUCACCAACAAUGAAUUCCUUAUCACGCAUUCCUCCUUUCGGUGGUAUGUCAAUGUCUCUUGUUUCCCUGAACAUACAGACUAAUAAUUUGGGUUUGGUCUAUCAAUCAGAAAUACUUAGCAGCUGUUCAAAACUAAGAAGUGUUUCAAUACAAUGUGACUCAGAGAUUCAACUGAAACAAGAAUUCAAAAGAUUUCUUGAUGAUCUAUACGGUGCCGGUCUUACUGAACUGGGAACAUCACAUGCACCGCAAAUUUCAGAUAUUUCCUUGAGAUCUGUUUUGAUUGGAAUUGGAAGUUGCCACAUUGUCAUCGAUACUCUUGAGAAGAGCUUAUCACAGAGAUUGGCAACCAAUUGUAGCAAUUCUUUCUUUCCUGAAGACAAUUAUCCUUCUUGGUUAGUCUAUAGAGGUGAAGGACCUUCGGUAAAAUUUCAAGUUCCCGAGGAUACCGAUUCUGCAAUGAAGGGCAUAACUCUUUGUGUUCUUCAUUCAUCAAGACCUGAAAAUCCGACAUCUGAAUGUUUCACUAGUGUCUUGAUUAUUAAUUACACAAAAUUCACUAUCCAUAUUUACAAAGGAGACACGGUAAUAUCGUUUAAUGAUGAAGAUUGGCUAAGCGUGAAAUCAAAUUUAGGAGUUGGUGACAAUGUGGAGAUUUUUGUAGCUAUUGGGCACGGAUUGACUGUUAAGGAGACGACUGUCUAUCUAAUAUAUGGAACGGAAGUUGACCCAACAAUUCAAGUGGAAGCACAUCCAUCACCUGAUGUGAAAACGGAACAAUCACUUUUUGUCAAGAAUGAACCAUUACCGAAGACAAACAGAAUUUCUUUUAUAGGAUUUGUAAAAAGAGUGAGAAAAUGUUUAUGCUUGAACCAGGAUUGAGAUCUUACCAAUUUUAUAUUGGACACGCACUUUGUUAUGUAUGGAACUCUCUUGUAUGUUUUGUAAUAUAUUUCAGGGAGGAUGUACAAUGCUUGCUUGGGUUUUGGAUGUGAUCUUCAUCAUCAUCUCUACCAAUACAUUGUAGCCUUGAAAAGGCCCUGCUAUAAACAGUGCUUGGUUUGAUCGAGGAAGUGUAAAAUUAGUGCAUCUAGGCCAGAUGAUUUCAAGUUGUUGGAUAAUAUAUUUUAUAACUAAGAGUAUCAGUAAGAGGGUGCAUGCAUGUUAAGAUUUGCAGUCUUAAGGUAGCUUAAUUUUCAGUCUUCCUUUCUAUUUGAGAAUUAGAACUAAAGGUAGAUUCUUGCCUGCACCGUUGAGAAUUAGAAAGGAAUAUUGUGUUUUAAUUAUUUAAAAUAAGCAUGGUUCAAAUCUUAUUCAUGAUAUUUGGGGUGAAGUUUAAACAAUAUCUUUUGAAGUUUUAAAGCUGAAAUUUAACAAUAAAUUGACAUACAUAGUCAUUUAAAUAUUCUAAAUUGAUCUAACAAAAAAAAUAUUUUUGACUUCAUAUUUUUCUCAAAUGUCAUAAUAGAAUUACUUUUUUUCUAAAAUAAAUUGUCACGAUAACCUAUUAUCUUAAUUAUGGUCAAGUCUAGGGUGAGGGCUCAAUUAAGUUCCUCACCGGUAAGACCUUUAAAAAUAGCCAUGAGAUUAAAUGAAUGUUUAAGAUUUAUUUGAUUAAAAUUGAGAACAUGUAAAAUUAGUUAUAGGUGAUUUUGUUUCUCACUGUCAAAAUCUUUUUUUACUGUGUCAAAAUCUUUUUUUACUUUUGUACGAAUUGGGUUUCAUACUUAUCUAAAACAUCUACAUUAUUCCAUUAUAUAUCUAUCUCUCCGUCUCUCCAUGUUUCUCAGUAACGUCUCAAUUUUUUCCCUUUAUUUUUUCCGGCGGCGGUCACCGGUAGAAGCAAAGCACACUAUGUCCAAUUUCCAUGGUUUGAUGGUUGGUGUUUUAUAAAGCGGUACCAAAUUCGUAAUCCCAAAUUCUCAUUCCUCUCUCUCAAUCGCUUUCUUCUUUUAUACUAUUUGUGUUUCGUACAUAAACAUAGAUACACAAAUCUCUUCUUCUCUUUUCUAUUCUCGACUACAAACCCUCUCCGUUGACAAUUUAAAGAGAGAUUAGGAACCAAAUCCUCUCUGUUGAGCUUUUUCGCAGAAUAUUUUCGUUUCUCACCAGCCACCGCUAGCUGCCAGCUGGAGCUUGAGCAGAAAGCUAGAACUCUGCACAAAGAUAUCAUGAAGCAUAUAUUUGUCUCUUUAUAUGGCAGUGGAUCUCAAGAGAGAUAGCAGUGUUGCGAAAUUGUCUUGAUCUGGCAAAUGAAAAGGGAUGGAGGAGAGAAUAUCCUUUCAUUGUCUGUACUCAAACUAUAUUCUGAAUCUCAAUCUGCUUUUUCUUCUCCCUUAGAUUUCAAGGUAUGGAAGAAAGGUGAAAGUGAAAGAGAGGCAAUUCUUCUGAGGGAUGCACUUAGGCUCUUUUCCCCCCAACGUGAGGAGUAAAUCAAAAUGAAGAAAUCAUCUUUAUCGGAUGAAUGAUUAGCAUAAUUGUAUAUUUUGUUUCUCCUUAUAGGUGCUUUUUUGUACUGUUGCUAGUGAAAGAGUAUUUUAUUCAUAACAGUUUGUGGAUGACAAAAGAAUAUGCUAUUGUGACUCUUUAACAUGUUUUUAUUCUA